AUGCAGCCUGAGACCGACAAACCCGAGCCUACACUUUGCCCACCAGCUUCUCUAUCGGCAAUAGCAAACAGCAUCGCACCCGAUCCUGGGACUAUCGCUAGCAUCCUCCCUGCUCUUCGGCUCAACAAUCAUGCCUUAUCGACGCCCUUCCCACUCUCUUCGGAGCAGGCGCAGGUGCACGCGCCAAUCCCUCAUCCUCCAACCUUAACCUCCCCGGACGGCGCUUCGGAAGACUCAACUCCCGUACAUCUGGAUCUGCAGAAGAAGAGAAUCGUCGUGGUCGAAGAAAAAGCGGUGAAGCAGCAGCGACCGGCAAGCCAUGAUUCGAGCCUGUGGCGCAUCCCAGAAGAGCUCUUGGACCACCGUCUACAGCCUCCAUUUGGCCCGUUCCUAAAGUGGCUAAAAGACUACGAGCUGCCCGAGCUCGACAACGUCAUUGGAUUACGAGCUCAGAUUGACCAAGACCGGCCUGUGAUAUGGAGGAGCGCAAUUUUCAACGCCACGAAGAGCAGGGAGUACAUCCUUAAUAUACUGAGGGAGUCAAAGCUUCCCGGCGUAAAGUGCGGGGAGCGCUGGAUGCAGACAGAUGACGGGAAGCCUGUCCAGAUUUACUUGGACGAAGAGAAUGCCAAGGAAGUCAAUGGGCUGUUUGCGAAGAGCUUUUUGGAAAAGGAGCCGGUCAAGCUUCUGUGGUCGAAUAUUGCUAUCGAUCGGCCGCGGAAUCUGGGGUGGAGAGAUCCGGUGGAGCUGCAGGCUCUGCGUCCAUGUCGUUGGGGUGGCCCGCGGGCCUCGUCAUUGAUAUCGUUCAAUGCAGCGCUCAAGGACGUAUGGGUUGACCUGCACGUGGAUACCGGCACAGGCCUGAGCGCGGUUACCAACCCUAAACUUUGGCUCUGGUUUCCACCAACCCCCCAGAACCUCACGCACUACUUCGACACCCAACACCUCGACAAUCGCAUCACUCUGCUUCUCGGCAAACUCACCGAUGGCUGUUACUGCGUUACGGAGCCUGGAACUGCCGUCUUCAUCCCUGAGGGCUGGAUCCAUACCACGUACGCACUCGAGAGCGGCUUUGUUCUCGGGAAGGUGUGGAAUACAGAUAAGGGGCUGGAUGUUGCGGCCCGGUAUGCGGUGCAGGCUAUAUGCGCGAACGAAGUUGAGACGAGCGAAUGCCUUUCGAAUCUUGUCCAGAGUAUGGCUCUGAACUUUGGGCUCGGUUGUGGCAACGCAGGUGGCGGAGCAAAGCGCAAAGCAUCCUCACGCGCAUCAACUACGUCCAGAGCACGCAAGAGGGGGGCAAGGAAGAAGACCGCUGAUACGCUUACUCCGAAUUCCCUCACGGAUGACCGCAGGGCAAGACUUACACGAGCACUCCAGAGUCUUUGCCCGGACGCUAUGGAUGGAAAAAGCCUGAGCGACAUUGACCACAGCACGACGCCAAACGGCAAGAACGUGAAACAAUUAAUUAAAGAAAUCUGGUCCAGGCUUUCCAGCGCCGGCUUUAGAGAAGUCAGGUGUGCUACUUGCAAAGAGAGCUUACUGACGCACUGGUUCAAAUGA